CUCAACAGAUUUCCUGUGACUAUAUUAACCUUUCCUCUUUUCGUAUUUCAUAUCCAUGAUUAGGUAAAAGAUACCAAUGUGACGUAUGUGGAAAAGAUUCCACUACAGCUGGCAGUUUGAAGACUCACAUGGAGUCAGUCCAUGGAGGUAAAAGAUAUCAGUGUGAUGUAUGUGGGAAGGAUUUCACUGUACCUGGCAAUUUGAAGAGGCACAUGGAGUCAGUCCAUGGAGGUAAAAGAUAUCAGUGUGACGUAUGUAAGAAGGAUUUCACUCAAGCUGUCAGUUUGAAGAAACACAUGGAGUCAGUCCAUGGAGGUAAAAGAUAUCAGUGUGACGUAUGUAAGAAGGAUUUCACUCAAGCUGUCAGUUUGAAGAAACACAUGGAGUCAGUCCAUGGAGGUAAGAGAUAUCAGUGUGACGUAUGUGGGAAGGAAUUCACUCGAGCUGACCAUUUGAAGACUCACAUGGAGU